CUUGGAAAAAAAUAAUGUCAAGCGCAUUUGAAAGCUUUGUGGCAGUACACCAAUAUCAACUAGGAGCCAUUCCAGAAGAACUAUGGCAGCCUUUAUUCAUGAAACUAGGUGAAGAUUAUCUUGAUGCAGGCUCAGUUAUGGAACUUCAUUAUGGUGAACCUUUAGAAGGUUAUUCUCUUCAUUUGAAAUCAGAUAGUACUGGAUUGGAUAAACACAGUGAUAUUUAUCUGAUCGAUCAUGCUUGGACAACUACACCAGAAACGGCAAGAAAAGAAUUACGCGAAAAUGAAGCUCUAUUGGAAAGAUUAGAGAAUAUGAUGGAUGUUGAAAAGGAAGAAGGUUGGGUGGAUGAAGACGAAAGUGACGAGGAAAUGGAACACAAUCAUGACAUUAUUUCCAUGGUGGCCGAACAAGCAAAUGUAUCUUUUGAAAAAGCAAAACAAGCACUGAUAGAUGAAAAUUAUGAAGUGGUGAAUGCUAUUGCGAAUUUGACUAUUGAUCCUGAAUUCCAGAAAAAAGCGGAUGAAUUACAAGACCAAGUAUUGGGACAAUUAAUUGCUAGUGGCAAGGCUCAAGAAAAAGAGGAUAAAGUCAAGAUAGAAAAAGAAGAGAAAAAGAAACAAUGGAUACAAGAUUGGAUGGAACGUCGCGUUAGUAGAGUAUACAACAAAAUGUGGUCUUUUAUUCAAACUUAUUCCUAUACUGUAUUGAAAACCGAUGGUCAAUCAGCUGCACAAACCGCCUUGUACGUGAAUGAUGAAGUGGGUUCUGCUAUCUGCCAUUCAACUGAACCAAAUAUGAUGUGCGUUCCUUUUAUUUUCUCUCGUGGUGCUUCUGGUAUGAUACCUUAUAGUAUUUUGUUUCCCAUCCGAUCCAUCAAACCUGGUGAUUUGAUUUCUUGUGACCUUCUUCCAAAGGCUAUGACCGAUCGACAAUGUGAUAAAACAGCAUAUCUUUAUGCUUUCAAAGAUCGUAUCUCGCCUCAAGACCAGCAACUACUCGCUGAUUCCACAUUGAUCAAAGAAGCCUAUGAAGUAUUUGCCGCUGCAUUGGAUAGUAACAAGACUAUCAAACAUUCUGAUAUUGACAAUAAAAUUACUCAAAUGGACGAUGUUCAGGCCGCUCUCAGCUCAUCAUCAUCAACUACAGAUAUAACCAAAGUAUUUACGGAUAUAGACUGUGUACGCUUAGGACUGACAUUGGACAAUAUACAAUGGGUUAGUUCCCCUGAUCAAGCGGAUUUCGUUUGGACUCGACAACAACAACAACAUAAAUUCAGCAAUGAACAAUGUCUCACCCAUCGGGGUUUCUUAUCUCAAUUGUUGCGUCAAACUUAUGGUAUCAAAACAGAUGAUUGGUAUCCAACUGUUUACGAUUUGAAAAAGGAAUUGGCCGAAUGCGUAGGUGAUCAUUUACACCGGCUCACUGAUCAACAAAUUCCAUUUUGGCUUACUCAGCCUUAUGAAGACGACCAUUCAAACCGCCGUAUCAUCACAUCACUACCUGAACUGAUUCGUCAAUAUGAUACUCCCAUGAUCCCUCAAUCAGCCCAACGGUACAUCACUCGACCUUGUCUUUACAAUGGCAAAAAGUUCCACCUUCGCUUCAUAGUAGCACUGCGUCAUCUAGCCUCAUCUCCUCCCACAUGGUUAGCUGCUGUUUACAACAACAAGUUUUGGGUUCGUCUAGCCAAUAAGAAGUACAAGAUAGAUGAUGUCGAAGAUAUGGACCGUCAAUAUCUUUCUGACAGUGGCUAUUCUAUGACCAGUUUAGAUCAUACAAGUUUUAUUCGUCAUAUGGAAAAGGAAAAUGUACAAUGGAAGAAUAUUAAAACGAAUAUUUACAAAGUGAUCAAAGGUAAUAGAAAAAAAGAAAAAAGAAAAAAAAAUGAAAAGAAGAACAUAUAUAGUUACUCAAUGAUCCCCCCUUUUUUUUAUAUUAUUUAAUGCUAUGCAUAUGUAUGGUUAGAUGUUCUAUAUGCGGCAACCAUUCAACAUCAACGGCUUGGUCUGGCACCUGGAAAGGACUGUGAUGAAGGUGCAUAUGGUAUUUAUACAUUUGAUAUCAUGUUGACAGAUAAUUAUCAACCUAUACUUUUGAAUAUUGAGGCUACACCAGAUUGUGCUACUGCCUACAAGG